CUUCGUCUCCCCCACAUGUGUGACGGACGCGGUCUGUGUGAGUGUCGCAGGUAAACAUGCUCGCCGAGAAACUGUUGUUCCGUCGCUGCUUGGUUCCGACGUACGUACCAAAAAUGGCGUCCGCAGCGCUGAAGGUUGCAGUGGCAGGUCUCUCCAGAUGUUCUCGCCUGUCUCUGCUGAGGACACACUCAACAACGGCAAACCUCGGGCAGGGCGUUCCUGGAUCACUGUGGAAGCUGGGGAGGUUGAACCACAUUGCCAUCGCUGUUCCUGACAUGGAGAAGGCCACAGCUCUGUAUCGGGACGUGCUGGGGGCCACGGUGAGCGACAUGGUGCCCCUGCCCGAGCACGGCGUCUACACCGUGUUUGUGGAGCUUGGCAACACCAAGCUGGAGCUGCUCCAUCCUCUCGGGGAGAAGAGCCCAAUCGCUGGGUUCUUGCAAAAGAACAAGUCCGGAGGAAUGCACCACAUUUGUAUUGAGGUGGACAACAUCAACGCCGCAAUAGCCGACCUGAAAGCGAAGAGCAUCAGAACUCUGUCAGCAGAGCCCAGAAUAGGUGCUCACGGGAAACCUGUGAUGUUUCUUCACCCUAAAGACUGUGAUGGCGUCCUGGUGGAGCUUGAAGAAGCGUGAAACGUGUGCUGUCAAUUCACAUUUUCGACACUAAUAUUGUUCCUUAGCUCACUUUUGUUCAGAAAAGGUGCCUCAAAGGUGUUUCACAUUGAAUAAAUUCCACUGUGGUGUGUUCA